CAGGCUUUAAACCACUGAAAGCAGCAUCGCAUAUCAGUCUGCAUACUCGGCUCUCUUUUCUCCCUUGCUCUUUCUCUCUCUCUUCUUCACUUUCUCUCUCUCCCUCGCUCCUUGUGGCUGUACUUGCCCCUCUGUUUGACAGGGAAAAAAGGCUGUGCAAUUUCCCUCUCUGCUCUUUUGUCCGAGAAGGCAGUACCUCCAACUGCUGCGCCCAUUGCUCCUCCACCCCUCUACCUCUCAGACUUUUCUCUCGUGCCUUUAUUCUGUUGCCUCCACUCUUUUCUCCUCUUCUUCGUUGAGCUCGACCACACAAAGCGGCAAAAAAAUGGAGGCCAUCAAGAAGAAGAUGCAGAUGCUGAAGCUGGAUAAGGAGAACGCCAUCGACCGGGCGGAGCAGGCAGAGUCGGAGCAGAAAGCAGCGGAGGACAAGUGCAAGCAGCUUGAGGAGGAGUUGGCCGGUCUGCAGAAGAAGCUGAAGGGAACGGAGGAUGAGCUGGACACCUUCUCCGAGGCGCUGAAGGAUGCCCAGGAGAAGCUCGAACUCUCGGAGAAGAAGGCGGCUGAUGCUGAGGGGGACGUGGCAGCCCUGAACCGCAGGAUUCAGCUGGUGGAGGAGGAGCUGGACCGGGCCCAGGAGAGACUGGCCACAGCGCUGCAGAAGCUGGAGGAGGCAGAGAAGGCCGCCGACGAGAGCGAGAGAGGUAUGAAGGUGAUUGAGAACCGUGCAAUGAAAGACGAGGAGAAGAUGGAGAUUCAGGAGUUGCAGCUGAAGGAGGCUAAGCACAUCGCUGAGGAGGCCGACCGCAAAUACGAGGAGGUGGCCCGCAAGCUGGUCAUCCUAGAGGGUGACCUGGAGAGAGCCGAGGAGAGGGCCGAGGUGUCAGAACUUAAAAGCGGAGAUUUGGAAGAGGAAUUGAAAAAUGUCACUAACAACCUCAAGUCUUUAGAAGCCCAGUCUGAGAAGUACUCAGAGAAAGAGGACAAAUAUGAAGAAGAGAUCAAGAUGCUCACUGACAAGCUGAAAGAGGCAGAGACACGGGCCGAGUUUGCAGAGAGGACGGUGGCCAAACUGGAAAAGACCAUCGAUGAUCUAGAGGAAAACCUAUCUAAUGCAAAAGAGGAGAAUCUGGAGAUGCAGCAAAUGUUGGACCAGACACUACAGGAGCUGAACAGCUUGUAAACACCUGGAGGGACAAAGCAGAUUGAAUCAUCAACAUUCCACGGUUUCAGCUUAGAAGUCUCUAAGCUUUUUAAAGCUGGCUUUGUCUCACUCUGUCUCUCUAUUUUGUCAAAAAAACAUUCCAGAAACUAUUUUCAAAUUGUCCAGCUUAUUGCUAUCACUAGUUUGUGUCUGUGCACAUUCCUGUUAACCACUUUUUAAUUGGUUAUAUUUUUUUGUUGUUGAAGAAGAAUUUCAUAUCAGUGAAUCCACCAGUGAGGUCAAGUCUUAUUGAAAAAGUUGAAAAGCAAAUGACUCACUAUUUGUUUGUAUAAUCCAGGUCUAUUCUUUACAUUACGUGUUAUUUCACAUGAACAAACUACAUUCCCAGGUAAAAUUGUAAUAAUAAGUAACACAGACAGAACUUUAUUUAUUUCUGGUAGGAUAAUAAUAAAUCAUCUCCAGAUGACCUGUGUAAAGAACCGUAGCCUACAUGCCAUGCCAAGAGCACCCCCUCUCUGUUGUAUUCAAAAAUAUGUGACAAUCUUCUAAAAAAAAGUAUAUACGGUAUUAUUACUCAAGACUGUUGUAGGCUAUAGUCUAUAGCUUGAUGGUGCUAAAAUGUAUCAUUCUGAAAUACUUUUAUAAAAAUAGUGCUUGUAAAACACACAAAACCAAAGAUUUUGACCGUGUUCCCUCAGUGUACUUCCCUUCCCCCACACACCCAUACUUGUUUCUUUUAUUUUUCUAAGGGCUUCCCUUCCCUUAGCCUAUGUCUAUCUUAAUUUGUUUUGUAUCUCUGAAGAAGUUGUAAUAAAGUUUUAUAAAUUUUG